AUGGACAAGUUUUUAGGCCGCUCUGGACAAAGCAGUGAAACUUCUAAAAGAAAGCCGAAUUCUGCAACUGAUGGGAGUAAAGUUAAUAAAAAAUUAAAAACAGCUGCUACUCCAAAAGAUUCAUGGUGUAAUAUUCAUGAUUACAAUCAAUUUGCUAAAGGGUGUAAUGUAAUACUUACAAGAAGGAUUUUAAUCGAUAAACAUAUUAAAAAUAAAGAGCAUAAUCUUUUAGAAAAAGCAAGAAAAGGAAAUCAACCUAAUAUUAUUCAAAAUAUUCCUUCAUAUGGAUCAUAUUGUACUUCAAACUAUACACGAAAAUUUGAAGAGGCUAUUUUUCAUGUAAUUGAAAAGGCAUUAAUCAGUAAAAUUAAAGCUUCUGGACAAUGGAGUAUUUUAAUUGAUGAAUCAACAACAAUAACUGAUAAAAAACAUUUA